AUGAGACAUGAUGAUCAUCAUGAAGAGGUCAGCUAGAGUGAUAGCCAGACACAUAAAUAUAAUAUACAUGUGUACACGAGAAUAAUUCAAGUGGGAGUAACGAAAUGAUAAUGAAAAAAAAAAUAGUAAAAGAAAAAAAAAACGAAUUGGGAUAAUCGAAAUAACUGGUUUCGUUUGAUGUUGGUUUGUCAGUAGUAUAUUCACACAGCUAUAUACGUACUUAAUAUAUUAUAUAGUACCCGUAAAUUUUUUUAAACCGCACCAGGCACCAAGCAACACAUAUUUCCAGUUCCCCCAACAUCAACCAACAUGUCCAACAUUAUAUAUUUUAUAUCAAAAUCCAGUUACAUGCCACACGGCAAUGGCGAACAACGUAUCAUUUCUCAUGCUCAUUACGAUAAUUAAUACAUUAUCCGGUGAUAUUAAAAAUAAACCAAUUGACAAACAACAUUAUAUUUAUUAUCAUAAUUUUAUUAUUUAAAAUUGGUAAUUUAUUAAUCGCGUGUUUUUGUGUGAUAGAAUCCUAAUCGAAAUUUUUCGAUUUUUAAAUUUUUUUUUCUUGCAAUUUUUGUUAUAUAUUUCUGCGAUUAUUUGUUUUUUUUUUUUUGUUAUUAUUUUUUUCGAAAAGGAAACAAGUGUUUAGCGUUUUGAUUUCAAAAUACAAUUGGUGGAUUGAAUGAGGCAAUUGACAACCGGUCUUUAUACAUAUUGGAUACGUCACAUUUAAUUUAUAUAAUAUUCAAAACAAUUUUAUUCAAUCUAUCCUCAUUUGAAAUUUCUGUGUGUGCCUGCAGUGUAUUUUUUUUUUUCGUUUUUUGAAUUUAAAAUUUAUUCAUACAAGUUAAUAUUUUAUGCAAUUAUUAGCUUAUGAUUUUUAAAUAGUUGAAAUUAAUUUAUAUAUUUAUAAUAACAAUUUAAAAAUUAAGGUAUUUUUGUGGUAAAUAUUAUUCAAUAUGGCGUCAACUGAUCUGUCGUCAGGCUCGAUACCUCCGUUUUAUCGUGAACUUCAUGAAAAAAUUUGUUCACCAACAAGUGGAAAUGUUGAACGUGAAGUAUUCAAAUCAUUGCUCGUUAAAUCACAGCUGAGUAGUUCAGUUUUGAGUCAAAUAUGGGAACUUGUUGAUAGUAAAACUGGAUACCUCAGUAGAAAUGGUCUCUACAAAGGACUUGCCCUUGUUGCAUUUUCACAACAAGGCAAACAUCCAAGUGAUAAAUUACUGGAGAAUGUUGAAUCUCAAGCAUUACCAAUUCCUGUUCUUGGAGAUUUAACUGAGGUCGAAUUACUUGCACAAAGAUUGUAUCGUGGAAAUAAUCCAGCAAAAUUAAAUCUUACUUAUACUGAUUUAUGUAAAUUAGAUACAAUUGAAGUUAAUAUUGUACCAGAAAAAAAAGGAAUUUUUUUAAAACAUGUUGAGUAUCAAAUUAUGAGUAAAACAUUUAAUUCAGUUGUUCACAGAAGAUACAAUGAUUUUGUGUCUCUUCAUGAACUCUUAUUGGCAAGAUUUCCAUACAGAUUAAUUCCAAAAUUGCCACCAAAAAAAAUUGUUGGAGCUGAUUCACAAUUUUUGGAAGAACGAAGACGAUGCCUUUUACGUUUUUUAACACUAAUUGCACGUCAUCCAGUAGUAUCAAAAGAUCCAAUUGUAAAUUUUUUUUUUACUUAUACUGGUGAAGAAACACAACAUAAAAUACGUGAAGCAUUUAGACGUGUACCAGAUGAAUUUGCAACAUCAGAAUUAUCAUCAAGAGCUAAAGAAUUAGUACCACCAGAAACAUUAACUGAAUUUGCAAAUAGUAGAGAUCAAAUACGUGUUAUAUUAAGUGGUAUAUCAAGACUUAAAAAUAUUGCUGAUUGUCUUGCAUGUAGAUCACAUUCAUAUGCUGUUGAUAUGGCUGAACUUGGUACACAAUUGGGUAAUCUUGCUGCUGAACCACAUGGUAAUAGUAGUUGGGCAAGUGGAGGAUCAACUGUUUGGCAUGAUAUGAAAAAAGGAUUUCAUGUUAUUGCAAAGGAAUUUAAUUUACUAUCAGCAAGAGCACUUCAACAAGCCGUGAGAGAAGAGACAAUGUUGUGUGAAAGAUUAAAUUUUUUACUUGAUGUAUUGAUUGCACAUAAAUCAUUGAGUGAAAGACAUGAGAGAGGAGUCAGUGCUGAUCAUCAACGAGCAUUAUCAACAAUGUUGAUAUUAAAAAAACGACAAAUGCAAGGUGUCAUACGAGGAACAGAUGCUGAUACUGUUGAAUAUCUUGAAAAUAAAAUGGUUGCACAAGAGUCUGUUAUUGCUAAUGUCGAAUUGAGAAAUUCAUUUUCACUUCAUUGUCUUCAUAUGGAAACACAAUUAGUUCAUGCACAUCUUGAAAUUUUAGCAACUGUUUUACAAAGUUUAGUUAAUGUUCAAAUACGUGGUCAUUCAGAGCUUGCUGAGGUAUGGAAACUCAUUGAGCCAACAAUAAUGAAAUGUUUACCAGAAAAAACAAUCACUGGAUUAAAUGGGAUUGAUAAUAAUGAAGGACCUCUCAUUUGAUCAUUUUUUUUUUUUUUAAUUAAA